UGCCCAAGCUGUUACCAAAUGACUUCUUUAUUACCACGGUAAAGCCGUCGCCGCCAUCUUUAUUGUGGCCAACUAAUACUUGCGUCAGCCUAAAAGGAAAAUUAGUAAGGAAUUGUGCAGGCAGGUAGCCUUCAAGUUAGCCUGGCCCCGUCCGAAUCCCACGCAGAACGGAGUUAAGCCCUCGGGGUAAGAGUGAGUCCUUCAAGUCACAAAACGCGCGACCGCCGCGACGACGCGCGGCGGGGCGGGACGGGGCGCGCUUCCGGGUGCCGCGCGCUGCGGAAGCGCGGUCGGAGCCGCGAUCGCGCGCAGUGAGGCCGUGUGCCGCGGGCCGCCGGAAGCCGCUGGAGAGAGCAAUGGCGGGAUUGACUGUGAGAGACCCUGCCGUGGAUCGUUCCCUACGUUCUGUAUUCGUGGGUAACAUUCCUUAUGAAGCUACUGAAGAGCAGUUGAAGGACAUCUUUUCUGAGGUUGGACCUGUUGUUAGUUUCAGAUUGGUAUAUGAUAGAGAGACAGGAAAACCAAAGGGUUAUGGCUUCUGUGAAUACCAAGACCAAGAGACAGCUCUUAGUGCCAUGCGGAACCUGAAUGGGCGUGAAUUCAGUGGGAGAGCACUUCGAGUUGACAAUGCUGCCAGUGAAAAGAACAAAGAAGAGCUGAAGAGCCUUGGCACUGGUGCCCCUGUCAUUGAGUCACCUUAUGGAGAGACCAUCAGUCCUGAGGAUGCCCCCGAGUCCAUUAGCAAAGCAGUUGCCAGUCUUCCACCAGAGCAGAUGUUUGAGCUGAUGAAACAAAUGAAGCUCUGUGUCCAGAAUAGUCCCCAGGAAGCACGGAACAUGCUGCUUCAGAACCCACAGCUGGCUUAUGCUUUGCUGCAAGCACAGGUAGUGAUGAGAAUUGUGGAUCCAGAGAUUGCCCUGAAAAUACUGCAUCGCCAGACAAAUAUCCCAACGCUGAUUACAGGUAAUCCUCAAGCAGUCCACGGUGCUGGGCCGGGCUCAGGAGCCAAUGUGUCAGUGAACCAACAGAAUCCUCAAGCCCCUCAGGGCCAGCCUUUGGGUGGAAUGCACGUCAAUGGCGCACCUCCUCUGAUGCAAGCUUCUAUGCAAGGUGCGGUUCCAGCACCAGGGCAGAUACCAGCUGCUGUAACAGGACCUGGCCCUGGUUCCUUAGCUCCUGGAGGAGGAAUGCAGUCUCAACUUGGGAUGCCAGGAAGUGGACCAGUGUCCAUAGAACGAGGACAAGGAACCCUACAACACUCGCCAGUGGGACCCGCCGGGCCUGCAUCAAUUGAGCGAGUUCAAGUGCCGAUGCAAGACCCUAGAGCCGCUAUGCAGCGGGGAUCCUUGCCUGCCAAUGUCCCAACUCCUCGAGGUCUGUUAGGAGAUGCUCCGAAUGACCCACGGGGAGGCACUUUACUCUCUGUAACUGGAGAGGUAGAGCCUAGAGGUUACCUGGGACCACCUCAUCAGGGUCCACCCAUGCACCAUGUUCCUGGCCAUGAAGGCCGUGGACCGCCCCCACAUGAGAUGAGGGGAGCGCCAAUAGCUGAACCCAGACCUCUAAUGGCAGAGCCGAGAGGACCCAUGCUAGAUCAAAGGGGUCCACCUUUGGAUGGUAGAGGUGGAAGAGAUCCACGGGGAAUAGAUGCACGAGGGAUGGAGGCCCGAGCCAUGGAGGCAAGAGGUUUAGAUGCCAGAGGAAUGGAUGCCCGUGCCAUGGAGGCUCGUGCCAUGGAGGCCCGCGCCAUGGAGGCCCGUGCCAUGGAGGCCCGUGCCAUGGAAGUCCGAGGGAUGGAGGCCAGAGGCAUGGAUACCAGGGGCCCAGUGCCAGGCCCUAGAGGACCUAUACCUAGUGGAAUCCAGGGCCCCAGUCCAAUUAACAUUGGGGCAGUUGGCCCACAGGGAUCUAGACAGGUCCCAGUCAUGCAGGGAGCAGGCAUGCAGGGAGCAGGCAUGCAGGGGGGGAGCCAGCCUGGUGGUUUUAGUCCUGGGCAAAACCAAGUCACACCACAGGAUCAUGAGAAGGCCGCUUUGAUUAUGCAGGUCCUUCAACUGACUGCGGAUCAGAUUGCCAUGCUGCCUCCUGAGCAAAGGCAGAGUAUCCUAAUCUUAAAGGAACAAAUACAGAAAUCCACUGGAGCACCUUGAAAGGUUUUCAAAAAUACCUGGCAACAAUUCUGGAAGUUAAUUCCAUAACAUUGUUGAAAUGUUGAAAGUAGGUGAAUUCUGCAGCCUAACCCUUGAAUGACUCAGAUUGGUGCCAGGUGGAGGACUCCCAUCACCUUCCCUCAGAACAAAAUCAGCUCCUCUUAUUGUUUUAGUUUGUAUAUUUUCUGUGACUUCAAAUAAACUUUGAACACAA